AUGCCGCAAAAUCGAGAAACAGCACGACAGAGCGCAACAACGAGAAGUAAGGAGCCAAAAGAGAGACAGGGAAGAAGGGGAGCAGCGUCGCGCGCCGCGAGCAGAGCGCCGAGAGCAGGGAGUCACGAGCCAGAGAAAGAGCACGCGACAGAGAGCAGCAGCGCCAAGAGCCACAGAAGCAGCGAGCUCCACACGCGACGCGCGCUCACGCGAGCCGGGAGCCUAGCGCAGCGCGACAGCGUGACAGAGUCAGAGGCAGAGCCACGCGUACCAAAGCCGACGAGGAGAGCAGCGCAGCGAACCGGUAGCCAGAAGGUGCGGCGGCCACGCCGCAGAGCGACCGCCGCGACCGCGCUACCUGCCGUCCGCUACCGCGCGAUGGCCUCUCGCGCCAGAGGCUCCCGCGCCCCCCCCUGGCCCCCGCCGGCCCCUCCCCGCUCGCCACGCGCGCGCGCGGCCCCCGCCGUCCGCGCGCCCCCCCAGCCCGAGCGAGCCCGCGGCCCGCGCGCUCGCGGGCGAGCCCCCCCUCUGGCCCGCGCCCCCCGUCAUCUGCGCGGUCCUACGCUCAUAGAGCCCUCUCCCGCGCGCUCUGCUCCCCGCGGCGCGCAGGCCCCACCCGGGGCCCCCCCGCGCCGCGCCCGCGCUCCCCCCGAGGCCCGCGCUCGCACGCGAGCCCCUCCUCGCCGCCGGCGUCGCGGAUCCAGCGCCCCGCGCACCGCUCGCCGCUACAGCGCUCACCCCUCUCGCAUUAUAGCAGCCGCGAGCCCCCCAGCAUCGCUCGGGUCCCCUCAGCGCUAG